AUGGCGGUGGCGGCGGCAGCGAACCCGGCGAAGACUCCGAGCAACUCGAGGAGUACAAGGCGUCGGCUCCUCUGGGGCGCUUCGAAGGAAGGACCGCUGCGCCACGGGCUCGAGCGCGGCCGCACACGAAGGGAGACCCGGGAGCUGCAAGGCCCCGAGGAGCCGCCGGGUCCAGACGCCGAGCCAGACGCCGAGCAAGCGCUGCUGGCGGAGAUCAUCGUGGACUACGUUUCCAACUCGCUGGUGCGGGAGCGGUACGACGAGGAGCAGGUCAACAUCGAGUACCGGCGUGAGAUGCAUGAGCUGCCGUACGGCACCGAGCUGCAGGAGGAGGCGUUCGGUGCAGAGGCAGGGGACGACGGGUCAUCGCAACCUCUUCAUGACCCGCAGCAAAGUAUCCCCUCGCCCUUCGGCCAGAAGCCAAGUCAUGAUCUAGGAGAUUGUACCUGGUACGAUGGGUGUGCCAUUGAGGUGGACCUUGAGAAUGGUACCACCAAGCUGUCCCAGACGGCUUAUAUCGAGAGCAUGCUCAACCGCUUCAAUGUCACGACCACUGCUCCCACGCCCGCUGUCGUCGACGAUGACCUAGGGCCGAAGAGAGACGACGAGUCCUCGGUGGACAAGCCCGUGAGGGAAGCGAUCGGAUGCCUGAUGUGGUUGCUGUUCACGAGGCCGGACAUCGCGCUGCCUUUGAACAAGCUGCAGAAGAUCGCCCACUCACCCACCGAGAGGAUGUGGAACGCGCUUGUGCGGAUCAUGUCCUACCUCAACGAGACGAAGGACCUCGGGAUCACCUACGUCCGCGGAUCAGGGCUAGACCUAGACGUGUUCGUCGAUUCUAGUUACGCCGACAGCACCGUUGACAGGCGUUCGACGACGGGGCUAGCCGUGACUGUAGGUGGGACCGUAGUGUGCGCAUCCACGAAGACACAGCCAGUGACGGCUCAGUCGACCACGGAGGCAGAGUAUAUUGCAGCCGGGGAGGGCGUGAAGGAAGCGUUGUUCGUGCGUGGUGUUCUGUCGUUCAUUGCGCCCGAGACGAGCGGUGCCACGAUCAGGGUCCGUGAGGACAACGAGGGGGCUCUCGCGUUGGUGCAGAACCCUUUCAGCUCGGCGAGGAGCAAGCAUAUCGACGUGCGGUUCCACUUCAUCCGCGAGCUCUUCAAGGCGGGCAAGAUCACCGCAGAUUAUGUCUCGACAGAAGAGCAGCACGCCGAUAUGCUGACCAAGGCAACAGGCAUGUGGACAGGGACGACGGCGCGGGGCGCGGGAGGGCCGUGGACGAAGGAGAUUGCUUCGGUGAUGUCUUCGGCGACGGAAGCAAGGGGAGGCGAGCGGCCCCGCCCGCUGCAGCCCCACAAAGGUUGUAGCGGGGGCCAGCAGCAGAAGCAACAGGACGAGGGGGAUGUGAAGGUGUUGAGCGUCGGGGCGAGCGGAGAAGAAGGAGCGCGAUGCUGGGAGGACGCGGUGGCGGCGACCCCGGCAAAGGGAACGCCCGACCAGUGUCCCGAGAUGCCCUUGGAAAGCGAUGACGAGGGCCCGCCGGCAGCAGGUGUUGCGGUGAUGCUCGGAGAGCCGAUCACGGACUCCAAGGUUUUGAUGGCCGUGAGGAUGCCCGAAGCGACGGCGUCGGCGGAGGCCGACGUGUCUUAUGGAGGCGUCGCGCCGGCGGAGCGCGAGGCAUCUGGCGGUUUGGAGAAGGCGUCUGGCGAGGUCCCGGUGAUCGAGGCGACUGUGGCAAAGGGAGGGCUCGUGGUGGAAGUCGACGCUUCUAGACUGCAGGCGAUGGAGGAGGUAGCGGACGACAGCGCCGGCGGUUCGACGGCAACGGUACCAGGGGCGGGAGCAGUAUCGGCGAGGCUGCCGGUGUCGUCGUCGGAGGCUGCGGACAGGGCAGAUAGCCCGGUUGUGGCAGCCAAGAAGGCGGAGGAGGGGGGGCUUGUACCAGGGUUGGCGAGCAGGAUGGCGGUGGUGGAGACGGUGGUAGCUGCACCCGGAACUUUGACGAUCAAGACGAGGAAGGUGUCCUCGGAAGAGAGGCAGAUGGCCGGAGCCCCCCAGGGCGAGAUCUUCGACGUGGUGGCGUUGAAGAGCAGCGAGGUGCCGGCAUCGGUCGACGCCGUGCAAGCAACCGUGGUUGUGAAGGACUGGGCGAGCUUGUUUGCCGCCGUGAGCUCCGCGAGGGUGCUUCUGCUGCACCAUCGUGACGUGUUCGGAAGAGAAUAUGAAGGUCCGGGCUUGAUCGGACAGCUGGUGUCUCUCGUGGCAGACGCUGUGUCCAACAGGCGGUCGGUGGUACAGACGAACGGCUUGCGGUGCUUGGGCGAGAUGUUCAGGUGCGUGUUGGAUGUGGUCAUGUUGGCGUGUGAUGUUGAAUUGAAGAGUUUGGGAUGUGUGCCCGGCUCAUCUAGGUUAGGAUCUCGUGCUCAGGCAACGGCCAUCUGCGUGGUGGGGAACGGGAUGACCGCCGACCAGAUGGGAACGCUGGUCAGGUCUACGCUGUCCUGCCACAAGUCGUCCUCCACGUUCUGCGGGGAAGAGGCGAAGAAGGCCAUGGAGGCUGCCCUGGCCAACGCCGACCCGGUGCCCCUGCUCAGCGCGGUCCUCCCGCAAGCACUCGACAGACACCCCAAGGUGGCCAGGCUGGGCGUGAUCUACACGGCCGAGUGCUUGUCGCGGCUGCAUGAGGGCAGUGUGGUGGGAGGCGGUCUGGCGGAUGAUGUGGACGUGAUGUCCGUUGUGGCGGCACUGGCCAAGGGGGCAUCGAGCAGGGACUCGGAUGGCAAGGACGCUGCCUGGAGCGGGGUGGAGAUGUGCCGCAAGGCCUUGGGGCACGAUGUGUUCGAGGCGACUAUCGCCGAACACCUCGACCAGAAGGGAGUGCGGGCCAUUCGCGACCUCGUGUCCGACAAGGCCCGGAGGAAAACCAGGACAGCUAGAGAAGCAGCUGCGGCAGUGGGGGCAGGCAAGGCCACGGCCGGCCGUCCGAGCAUUCGUUUCCGUCGCAGGGUCGCUGACGGCGGUGCUUUCGGCAAGCCUGCAGCAAGUGGUGGUCUGGGUGGGCGGGACGGGCUUCCGACACCCGGUGAUGGCCGAUGCGGACACAGGGCCCUUGGGGAGGAGGGGGCGGAGGGUGACCGGAUUCCCGCUUGCGUCUCGUCGUGGUGCGAUGGAGAGGCGGGGUCUGGCGCUGCUGGCGGAUACGGCAUCGGUGGUGCCAGCUCGUCGAAGAGGAAGAGAGGGGGCCCGGGAGAGCCGGUCAUCGAAGACAUUGCACCCACGUCGGUGUCGACGGCCGAGGGCAAGGCAGGGAUGGGGAAGGACGUCGCGAUGGAGGGGUUGUCGAUCGGAGGAGAGGCACCUAGGAACUGUGGCAGCCGCAAGGGGAGCUGUGACGAUUGGCCGGAAAGGUGUGGUUUUGUUUGA